AUGAUGGACACUGAUCUUGAUUCGUGCUUGGAUGAUUGGAAGGAUUUGACUAAGGAUUACAAAGAUCUUGAGGCACUCAAUAGAGAAUACCUUGCUAAGUUAGAGGAAAUAUCAGAUCUUCAGACAAAAUGUCUCAAUGGAAUUUCACACCAGAGAUAUCGCAUGGGUGUCAUUUCAAAAUCUCUAAAACAAUUUUUGAAAGGUAGUGAAGUGCGGCAGCAAGUUAAAAAAGAAAUGCAAAAACGAGAAGAACAAUUGCAUGAAAUGGAACAAACAUUACCAAAGUCCAAUGGUACUUAUUUAUCAAUUAUUCUUGGUAGUGUAAAUGUUUCUAUUUUGAAUAAAAAUGACAAGUUCAAAUAUAAAGACGAAUAUGAAAAAUUUAAGCUUGUUUUAUCAGUAAUUGGUUUCAUUUUAUCAGUUAUUAAUUUAUUUACUAACUUUAGAACACUGGAAUUGAGUUUUAUGUUUCUAUUGGUCUGGUAUUAUUGUACAUUAACGAUACGUGAAAGUAUAUUAAAAGUAAAUGGCUCUCGUAUAAAAGGAUGGUGGCGAUUCCAUCAUUUUUUAUCAACAGUAGUAUCUGGAUUGUUGCUAGUUUGGCCAAACACCGGGCCCUGGUACGCAUUUCGUGGUCAAUUUAUGUGGUUCAACGUUUACAUAAGCUUUGUCCAGUAUUUACAAUUUAGAUAUCAACACGGAGUUUUAUAUCGAUUAAAAGCACUUGGAGAGCGUCACAAUAUGGACAUAACGAUUGAGGGCUUCCACUCGUGGAUGUGGCGCGGAUUAUCAUUUCUUCUUCCAUUUUUAUUCAUAGGAUACUUUUUCCAAUUGUACAACGCCUACACACUGUUUUGUUUAACAUCACACCCCGAAGCUACGUGGCAUGUUUCUGUAUUGAGCUUUAUGUUUUUCAUUCUAUUCCUCGGCAACGCAAUCACCACAAUUUUGGUUAUUCCACAAAAAUGGCAAGACCGCUUGACAAGCCGGCUGCCAACUGUCUUUGCAUUUAAAUCCGACCGAAGAAAAAGUCUUGGAGCUAAAACUCAUGAUUUAAUUAAUAAUUCAAUAGAUAAAGUUAAUGAGACUCCAAUUACUGAAGAUAAAAAAUCUGACUAA